GACACGAUCUCUCAUGGAGGGUGUAGAUGACGGAAAUGGAUAACAGAAAGGAUCAAAGCAGCGACAACUAAAUGUUGUCUGCACAGCGAACCUGGGGGCGCUGUUAUACGCUGCUAUGAUGGGUGAGUCAGGCUGCAUGAGCACCAUCGUGUCCUGCAAGGAGCACAACCACAGUAAACACGACAUUUACGACAUUUGCGAGACAAAUGAAGGUAGCGAGACUGCAUUACAAAUGUACUGUCAAGCGUACAAACAGGCUCCUGUUGGUCAAGCUCAUGCACUCCUGCGCAAAGAUCGACGUCCAGACUCUAUCCUCAACAUUCUCACUGACUAUAUCCCACAAAUUACACCAGAGCAAAACUCGAAGGAUCCUGCCUGUGUGUUUUGCCUGGCGGAAUUCUCCCGCCUUUUAUCCCGUUUACGAGGAGUGCGAUGA